CACUUAAAGAAAUGCGGAUGAUAGACGAUAAAAUAAUCUACAACCUCAACAAAGUGGUCCCAACAACAUCUUUCAAAGGCCAAGUAGAUGCUAGCCAGAAAUGUGAGGGAUUUUAUAAUGAGUUGACGUCGGCAUAUAGCAGUCGAGAAAGAGUUAUCAAGAGAUGUAUAUCAGAAGUUUCUACUUCCAUCAACCACCUCAAGAAACAAAAAGACCAAACUCCAGAUGACUUUAAGAUCAUGAAAGAUCUUAGGAAACAACAGAGAGAGUUAAGACUUAUGCAAUCGGAACUAAACAUAGAAGAAGUUGUCAAAGACAGAACAUUAAAGGUAUUCCGUGAGAAAUGUAGAAGCCAUUAUGUGCCAACAAAGGACUCGUUAUGACAAAAGCAGGUUAGAUAUGGGAAUAGGGCUUCAAAUCUCUUUAAACCAAUUAUAUUGGGUUAUACAUAAAUCAUAAAUGAUUGUGAAUUUACCAUGUUGCACUAGGCAUACCAGUGCAAUCGAGAUUGUGAGCAAAGGGAAUGGGAGGGGCAUUAAUCUACACUAAAAUGAUGAUCCAAAUGUUAUAUCAGGGCAGACGAGUCUUCAUGUUUGGUAGAAAUACAAUUAUUUUUUUGUAUUGUGUGGCUGGGGAUAAUGACAUCACUGCCGAAACUGAGUUGAUUGUAUACAUCUCCAGGCUUUAUUUCAAAUCUAGAUCAAAAUUUUGGAUUUAAACUUAUAUAAAAAGUUCCUAAAUGCAAAGGGAGAUCAUAAUCAGGCUAAAAAACAUGUCUUAUGCACCUCCUUACUAGAUAAUCCAAACCAUAACAAAAACAAUUACAUAUAUUAUAUUUAUUUUAAUUAAACUGAAAAUUAUCAUUUGUUUUGUAAAAUUUUCAAUGGGAUUAUCUGAAGGUCAUCAUUUCACAUCCUAUUAAAAGAAAAAAAAUGCAAACACAAGUUUUAGGAAAGGUGAAAAAUGUUGUGGUGCUAGACAAAGUGUAAUGCGUCUGCACCUAACAGGAUUCUUUCUAUCCAAAAAAGAAAGUAAAAAUUGUCUACCAUAAUCAAAUUUCCUAUUUGACACUUGUACACAUAAGUCAUGAUUUGCAGGUAAUAAAAUUGAUAAAAGUGCUUUGAUUGGAAAAAAAACUCUCAAAUGUAAUCUUUCACUUUUUUGCCAUGUUCCUUUGUUAAUAUGACCAAUAUUUAGGAUGUUGUGGCAUCCGCAAUAUACGACCUGUAUGUAUUGUUUUAUUGCCUUGGUUGUCAAGAUGAAUUCUCGGUAUAUACUUGAGAGAAAGACUCACUGCUGUAAAACUGACAGCACCAAGUAAUAGAAAAAGACACAUAUGUGACCAUGGACUCACCCAUAUGAUUGAUCUUCCAAAGUCAGUAGUCCUAUGUAAAUUGAGAUAAAGGAUUAUGUUUUUAAUUUAAAAUGCAAUCAAAAUUAGUUUUUAAAGAAAUUAUUAAUAGAUAUACACUUACAGUCAAACUUGUCUUACCAGAAAACCUGUCCUUAGUGGCCAUCAAACUUGUCUCCCAUUGAAAAGGAAUAUAGAUUAUAUAACCUGUUUAUAAAGGACACCUAUCUACAGUGGCCACUUUUGUUAUUCCUUAGGUGGCCAUAAUAGACAAGUUUUUACUGUCUGAUGGAAAUAUUGAUUGUCAUAGAUUCCUUUUAGCUUCCAUACAUUGCCUUAGUAGUUUUUGUAAUUUGCAGAUUCCUAAAAAUAAUCGGUAAAUCACAAUUAUGGGCAUCCACAAAUAAAAUGAUUGGACUAAUAUAGCGACUCAUCCAAUAUGUGUCCCACUCAUAGCCUGGAAUAUUUUAGGUUAUGGCCACCUUUCCCCUUUUCCUAUAAAUACAGCAUUAUUCUCUUAAAUGGACAGAACUUGUAGGCUCGUGGAGGGGCUUUCAAAAGCCAAUACAAACUCUAUAGGAUCACAUGUAUUAUCAAGGAAAUGGGAUUUUCAAGAAAUGAAUGAGCCAUUCUUUAUCAGUACAUUGUUUUGUAUUUUGUGUUUUUAUAUCAUUUGAAAUUAAAAUAAUGCUUCCAUAUAAUAUUAUCAAGAAUGGUAAUGCAUAUUCAAUGAUGUAAUGCCAUACAAAGCACAUUUUGUUUCUAGAUUCUGUUGUUGAAUAUUCACCAAACCUGACAGUGUUUCACACAAUAGAGAAUUGAUCAUAUUAUGACAUUGAUAUGUUAUGAAAAUGCUUAUUAUAUUGAUCAGUCAUAACUUUUAAUGUUAAUAUUCUGUGUAAUUUCAGAUGCAUGAAGUGACAUACUUCAGGAUGUAUAUUUUACAUUUUUUAAGUUGUAACUUUUUCAUCAUCAUGUUCUACCAACUAAUCAACAAUUACUUGGUAGAUUUGAAAAUGUAACCUAAACAAGUAAUCAUCCUGAAAAGUUGAAAAUAUCUUUUUUCAUUCUGUAAGUUUUUCUGGCUGUCAUUUCAAUGUGCUUUUGUGUUUUGUAUGAACAUCAUGUCCACAUUGUCAUGGCUACCAUGACUGAGCUCCUAAUAAGCAAGAUUUACACUUAUUGGUGACUACUCUGUCUGUACAGACCUGUGAUAGAAGCAGCCAUAGUGAUUCUAGUCUUGCUACUUCAGACUCUACAUCAUGCACUUUUUGAAAACAAAUGGGUCUGUACCUGCAGACUAGUACCCCCAUUGGUUGAAAGAAUUCAAGUAUUGCCUGUCUUAAUCACAUUAUUCACAUCAAUUCAUGCCAAUCUUUUAUGUUUAUAAGUUCAUUGAAAUGUCAUGAUUACUGUACAUUGUUAUCAAGGUUUGUAGUUUAACAUUACUGAUAACAAUGAAAAGUCCAGGUAAUUUUACAAUGUUAUUGUAAAUGCCCAAGUCAAAUAGAAUACUGUAGUUUAAAGAGAUUUGACUUUGAUUCACUGUUUUUGUGAUUCGCAGAUUCUCUUGUAAUUUCAUGCUGUGGACAAUUAUUGAUGGUAAUGUUUAUUAAUGACAACAUCAAUUGUUAAAUGUUCAACCACAUAUGGUUGUCUUAUGUGAUGUUAUAUUAAAGAUUUUUCAUGAAAUUGAA